AGGAGAAGCCAGAAGGGACAGGCUGCUGCAGGUGACCGAGUUGCAAUGGAGGCGCGCGGCAUGCGCGAUUAGGAGAGCGCCGCUUCAGGAAGCGUCGGCUUUGUUGAAGUGGAUUACAAAAGUGAGCAACCUCCCGAACUGACCAGGACCACCUUAAUCCUUCUCACUUGACGGAUUUCUUUCGUAAUCAUGAACGUGUCACCCCCGGACCGAAGGAAAAACAUGCGGGAAUUGGCUUUGGAGAUUGGCAUCCGAGUUCUGCUCUUCGGAGUUUUUGUAUUCACAGAGUUUCUGGAGCCCUUCGAGAGAGUGAUUCAACCGGAAGAGCUUUGGCUGUACAAGAAUCCUCUGGUUGAGUCAGACCACAUUCCCAAGAGGGUUAUGUUUGCAAUUUCCUUCCUUACCCCGCUGGCAGUGAUAUUUGUGGUGAAGAUAAUUCAGAGGACGGACAAGACAGAGAUCAAAGAAGCUUGUUUAGCUGUUUCCCUGGCUCUUGCUCUUAAUGGAGUCUUCACAAAUACAAUCAAGUUGAUUGUUGGCAGGCCAAGGCCAGAUUACUUUCAGCGUUGUUUCCCGGACGGACAAGCGAAUGUGAAGAUGCUCUGCACUGGCGAGCCAGAGCUCGUCUCAGAGGGACGCAAGAGCUUCCCCAGCAGCCAUUCUUCCUUUGCUUUCUCGGGACUCGGUUUCACAUCCUUCUACCUGGCGGGAAAGCUGCAGUGUUUCACAGAUCAGGGUCGAGGGCGUAGCUGGCGCCUUUGUGCCAUGGUCCUGCCUCUUUACAGCGCCAUGAUGAUUGCGUUGUCCCGCACCUGCGACUACAAGCACCACUGGCAAGACGCCUUCGUCGGGGGAGUGAUCGGGUUGCUGUUCGCAUACAUCUGCUACCGCCAGCACUACCCGCCCUUCCUGCACACAGACUGCCACCUGCCUUACGCCAGUCUCUCUGCUGCCACCCACAUGCCCGCGCAGCCUCUGGACGACCCGCAGCCGACCGACAACGCCACCACCCUCCCCCUGGAGGGCUUAACCGAAGGGCCGGUAUGACUAGUGGCCACCACCGAGACUUCCCUCAGCACCCUCAGCAAGCCGCCCAGCCCGCCCCCCAUUGCCAGUGACUGACGGGCUCUUGUAUACAUUCCAGUGGACGGCAGAACACUUCACCCACCUCCAUACUGUCAGACCCGGUCUCGGUGACACCUACGGUUUUUUGUGUUUGUUUUCUUUUUGAUCCAGUUUGCUGUUCAGCAGCCACUGAAGUCUAUAUUUAGAUGCAGUGUUAAAGAGGAACCUACAAAUAUGGGACUUCACCACUGAGAGGGAGGAGUGAAACACAUGCUGGAAAACCUGCAGAAAUGUCCUGGAAGGCUGUGAAGGAAAAAAUAAAUAUUCUCAGCUUUACUGGAACUUUUCUUAAUGAGAAACAUGGUUGGCAGAUUGUUUUAUGAUGAGCUAUGUUUAUUUGUUCAGCUGUUUGAAAGAUUUGUGCAAAUAGAUGCAGAGAUCCUAAGAUAUCCGAUGAAAUGUGACAGAAAUCACGACAUCAAAAAACAUUUAGAAGUAUUGUGUGUGUUACACCCAACAGUAAUGAUGGGAUCUGAUAUUUCAACAACAAAUAAUGCUUUAGAUAUUUUCUGAAUUUUCAGGAGGGAAUAAUCUAUAUUCAUAGCCCCUGAUUUCUUUGUUGUCCAUGGCAAUGUAAUGCUGAACACAGGACACUCUUGGG